AUGAAGUUGAGGUUGGAAGCUAGUUUCUUGAAUUCUUAUUCAAAAGCUGAGAUUGUUGAUAUGUUGAGGAAACACACAUACAGUGAUGACCUAGAACAAAACAGUCACCCCAGCGACGUCAGAAAAGUGAACUGGUUAGUGAUACCAAAGCAACACGUAAAGAAGCACUUCCCGUUGCAAAGCGGAAGCACUUCCAAAAGAGUUCUUUUACAUUUCGAAGACAUCGGGAUGAAAGUAUGGAGAUUUCGUGAUUUCGUUUACUCAUACUUUAAUAGUAUUCAGAGCUACGUUUUAACUAAAGGUUGGAGCCAAUUCGUGAAGGAAAAUAACUUAAAAGCUGGUGACAUUGUGAGCUUUCAAAGAUCCGCGGGUUUAGACAAGCAACUUACAUCGACUGGAAGACAAAAAACGGGUCAGGUAGCUCCAAUAUUCAAGAACAAGAAACUUUACAAAAUAAUCAAGAACGGUAAUGGUGCAGGUGACGAACGAUACUAG